GGUGGCACAACUGUGCGCGGCCGAAGGUGAUACCUCGCGGAGCGGCGCGCAGCGCGCACUGCUGCAGACUCCCGCAGAAAGCGCAAUGCCUCGUUUUACUGUCCACAUCCGAGAUGAGUGGCUGGCGGUGCCAUGCCGAGACACCACCAACACCAUCCGGUGGCUCGGCCACGAGGCGCUGAAGCGCUACAUCAAGAACAAGCCAGACAACGGCGGCAUCACAGCCGUGAAGGACACUCGCUUCGUGGUGCGAAGGUGCCAGGGUUUGGGUUUGUUGGACGCGGAUGACACCAUCGAAGAUGUACUCGAGGAUAAUGACUUUGUGGAGCUUGCCAUUGAAGGUGAUACCAUGUCUCCUGACUUUAUCCCGUGUGCGCCUGGAGUUUCUCACCUUACAGCAGCAUACAGAGAACCCGGAGACUAUCUUUCCUUGGAUGGCUGCAGCCUGACAUCCACAGAUUUGGUCAACCUAGGCAGGGGACUGUACAAGAUGAAGCUGACUCCGGAGGCAGAGAAAAGAGUUGUGCAAGCCAGAGACCUUUUGGACACCAUUGUCAAGGAAAACAAAGUUGUCUAUGGAAUAACAACAGGUUUUGGCAAAUUUGCCCGAACUGUCAUUCCUGUCAGCAAGCUCAAAGAGCUGCAGGAGAACUUGGUGCGGUCACACUCGGCAGGUGUGGGGAACCCGUUGAGCCCAGAGAGGACCCGCAUGCUGCUCGCUCUCAGGAUCAACGUUCUGGCCAAAGGCUACAGUGGGAUUUCAUUGGAAACCCUUCAUGCCAUGAUCCAAGCCUUCAACGCUUCCUGCCUCUCCUUCGUCCCAGAGAAGGGAACAGUGGGUGCUAGUGGAGACCUGGCCCCCCUCUCUCACCUGGCCCUGGGGCUGAUGGGAGAGGGUAAAAUGUGGUCUCCGAAGAGCGGAUGGGCCGAUGCCAAAUAUGUCCUGGAGGCCCAUGGACUGAAGCCAAUAUCACUAAGGCCUAAAGAGGGUCUUGCUCUGAUCAACGGGACCCAGAUGAUCACCUCUCUGGGGGCGGAGGCUGUGGAGCGAGCCCAGGCGAUCGCCCGGCAGGCUGACAUUAUUGCUGCUCUCACCCUGGAGGUGCAAAAGGGAACCACCAAGGCUUUUGACAGUGACAUCCACAGACUUCGGCCCCACCCAGGACAGAUAGAGGUGGCCCUGCGCUUCCGCUCACUGCUGGACUCUGAUCACCAUCCGUCCCAGAUUGCAGAGAGCCACCGUUUCUGUGACAGAGUCCAGGAUGCCUACACCAUGCGAUGCUGUCCUCAGGUUCACGGAAUCGCCAAUGACACAAUACAAUUUGUCCAGAAUAUCAUCAACACAGAAAUCAACAGUGCCACUGACAACCCUAUGGUGUUUGCGGAGAGGGGCGAGACCAUUUCAGGUGGGAACUUCCAUGGAGAAUAUCCUGCAAAGGCUCUAGACUUUUUAGCCAUUGCUGUCCACGAGCUGGCCUCUAUUAGCGAGCGGAGGAUCGAGAGGUUGUGCAACCCCUCUCUGAGUGAGCUGCCUGCCUUCCUCGUCAACGAGGGAGGACUCAACUCGGGAUUCAUGAUUGCCCACUGCACUGCUGCUGCCUUGGUUUCAGAGAAUAAGGUCUUGUGUCAUCCGUCUUCUGUGGACUCCUUGUCCACCAGUGCUGCCACAGAGGACCAUGUGUCGAUGGGAGGCUGGGCUGCGAGGAAAGCCCUGAGGGUCAUAGAGCAUGUGGAGCAAGUUCUUGCUAUAGAGCUGCUGGCAGCCUGUCAGGGUAUCGAGUUCCUCCGCCCACUUCGUACCACCACUCCACUGGAGAAGGUCUAUGAACUCGUGCGCAGUGUGGUCAAACCAUGGAUUAAAGACAGAUUCAUGUCUCCAGACAUUGAAGCUGUCCACCGCCUCCUCCUUGACCAGAAGGUGUGGAACGUAGCCAAACCUUAUAUUGACAAGUACCAGACGGAGUACAUCCCCGAGUCCCGUCCCGUCUCUCCGACCGCCUUCUCCCUGGAGCCUCCAGCGUCGCCGAGGAAGCGUGUCCGACAUGAGUGAACGCAUGUCCCGAUUGUUAUUUUUAUUAUUAUACAUUUACUGAGACUUUUUUGAAUUUCAAUGAAAACCAACCAAAAAUAUUUGAUUUAAGAUUGAAUUGAAGAUGCAACAUUGUUUUUGCCCCUAUAGACCAAGUUCAGACUUAGAUUUCUGGCAUGUAAGUUUUAAAUCCUUGAGGAUUUUUCAUUAACAUAAGAAAUUGGUAUAAUAAAUAUACACUCAUGGGCCACUGAUGAUGACACCAGUAAAAUCUAAUCCAAUACAACAGCCUUGCCGCAAAUGUUUCCUUUAAAAAUAUUAUAUUUAGUUUAGUCUCACAAUGCCAGAGAUAUUAAUUCAACUGUAUAUUUAUAAUUGAGGUUGUAUUUUGCAUAAUAUUGGAGGUUUUGCAAUGUUUUGCCCAACCAAUUUACAAACAUGAGAGUAGGAAUAUUAGAACAAUUUAACACAAUGUUGUGUAACUAAAACCUCUAAUAAACAUAAAUAAUGAAUACUUCUUGGACAGUCGAUAGAAACUACUGUAAGUAUAAAGUACUGUUGCAGGGCUGCAGAUUACAUUAGAUUGUACGGGUGUAUUUAAUAAAGUGGCCAUAGAGUGUUUAUUUCUUUAGUAAUUAUUGGGUGUUAAACAUAUACACUGCCCUACACCAAUGUACAGAUUUGUACUUAUGUACACUUUUGUUGUCCCUUUAAAAUGUAUCUUAAUGUAGUUGUUAUUGCCACAUGACUACCUCAGCCAUUUUCAUGUCAAAUCAAUUUUUAAUGAUGUAGCACAAACAUUAUUAUGAUUAAAAAUGUUGUUUUUCUGCUGCAAUUAAAGGAAAUCUAUACAUUAA